GUUGGGAACCAAUGGGCUUAGGAAAGUUGAGCCCAGACUCUAUUGUAAUAUUGACAAAAGAAAAAAGAAAUAAAAAAACUUGAUCCAGAAAUGUUGAAAACGCAAGAAGGGAAAGCACAGUUUGUUUUCAUUGGGUGCUGAUCGGAACAAACAGGGAAUAGAAGAGAGGAGAAGAUGGGUUUCAUAAUGGAAUUUGCGGAGAACUUGGUAUUAAAGUUGAUGGAAGAUCCGAAGGAAAGGGAUCGGAGGUUCAGGGAGCACGUUUAUAGAGUGAAGGACAGGUGCGAGAAGACGAAGGAGAUGUGGAGCUACCCUAUGCGACCCUAUGGGUUUUGGACAUUCGAACGCCACAAUUCUCAGCUUGCUUGGGAUGCACAGAUUAGCCAAGUGGCCGGGAGGAGGGACCCUUAUGAUGAUCUCCUCCAACAUUUCUCUACCCCACCUAAGUGAGUGUUGCUGAACUUGCCACAAGCAUUAUCGGUGAAAAGGAUGAAUUUGUCGUAAUUUCCCCUUGUAAUAUCCUGUCUUGUUGCAUGUUGCAGAGAUUACAACUGGAUUGUACUGUUAUUUCAAAAAUAAAGGUUCCAUAUAACUAUGCUGUUACAGAAGAAUUUUUUCCUCUCCAGAAUUUACAUUCUUGCACAACUGCACUUCCUGGCAAUUAUUCUGCUUUAUCAAUGUUUCAUGUCAUUAUUUAGUAUUUACAUUGUUUGUGGAUGA